CAGAGCAAAGAGUUGAGUUGAAAGAGGGGGGUGAAACAUGAGAGAGGCAAACAUGAUGCCUGAAACCACAAAUGAUGUUGAGGAUUAUAAGUUAAAUGUUGAAGUUCCUGAAACUACCCAUGCUGUUAGCACUGAUUCAUGGCUACAGGCAGGUUUUGUUUUGACCACUGCUGUCAACAGUGUAUUUGUCUUGGGAUAUUCCGGGACAAUCAUGGUUCCUCUCGGCUGGAUCGGAGGCGUAGUCGGUUUACUGCUCGCCACCGUGUUGUCAUUGAAUGCCAACAUGAUUCUUGCAAAGCUCCAUGAACUUGGAGGAAAGCGGCAUAUCAGAUACAGAGAUCUUGCAGCACAGAUAUACGGUAGGAGAGCCUAUGCUAUUACAUGGGGAAUGCAAUAUGUCAACCUGUUUAUGAUUAACAUUGGAUUUCUCAUUCUGGGUGGUUCUGCUUUAAAGGCUUGCUUUGCCGUUUUCAAUUAUGAGGACACCAUGAAACUUCCAUACUGUAUUGCGAUAACUGGAUUUGCUUGUACUUUGUUUGCCAUAUCGACGCCGCAUCUGUCAGCUCUAAGAGUAUGGUUGGGAUGUUCAACCGUUCUUAGCCUUAUAUAUAUCAUUGUGGCAUGUGUGCUUGCAGCUAAAGAUGGAAUCAAUGCACCUCCUCGAGAUUACAGCAUACAUGGGAAACCAAGCAUCAGAAUUUUUACAACUAUAGGAGCAUCUGCAAAUCUUGUGUUUGCAUUCAAUACUGGAAUGUUACCAGAAAUACAGGCAACGGUGAGGGAGCCUGCAGUGAAGAACAUGAUUAAAGCUUUGUACUUUCAGUUCACCAUCGGACUUGUACCGAUGUUUGCCAUUACCUUUAUAGGCUACUGGGCUUACGGAGCGGCAACAUCCGCAUAUUUGCUUAACAGUGUAAGCGGUCCGCUUUGGGUUAGGGCGGCUGCAAACAUCUCUGCCUUCCUGCAAUCCAUCAUUUGUUUGCAUAUAUUCGCGAGUCCGACUUAUGAGUACUUGGACACCAAGUUCGGUAUCCGAGGAAGCGCAUUGAAACUUAACAACUUGGCCUUCAGGAUCGCAGCAAGGGGUGGGUACCUUGUUAUCAGUACACUGGUGUCGGCUCUUCUCCCGUUCCUUGGAGAUUUUGAGAGCCUUACGGGGGCGUUGAGCACGUUUCCUCUAACAUUUAUCCUGGCAAACCACAUGUAUCUUGUGGCAAAGAAGAACAAACUGAGUCUGUCACAAAAGCUCUGGCAUUGGUUCAAUGUUGUUAUCUUUGCUAUCAUGUCUGUUGCAGCAACAAUUGCAUCUUUAAGGCUCAUAGCUUUGGAUUCCAAACAAUUUCAUGUAUUUGCCGAUGUGUGAUUAGACACUAGGGGUUUAGAAAAACACACGAAAAAAUUUACAGAAUUCCGGUUCGGACGUAAUGUUCGAUUCGGGUUUGAUUAGAGUAAUAAUAUUAAUAUAAUGUAUUCUGUCAGCUCUCGGUUCAUAAGUUAGAAAAAAACUAGAAUAUUAUUCAAACCGAGCUGAAUUAUAUUUUAAUUUGAUCUUACCUAGCUUGUAAA